CUGUGUGUGUGUGUGUGUGUGUGUGUGUGUGUGUUAGUAUAUGUAUUUAUACAUAAUGCCCAGGAUUUAUAUGUAAUUUUCAGGAUCAUCAGACUGAACCUCAGAGCCUGGUACCGACGUACAAUGGGGACCGUGUUAGUUCUGAGCAAUAUAUCUGCAAUUGUUCGAAUGUGCAGAGAUGAGGCCCCGUGAGGUACAAGUCUAGUUUAGAAAAGGCUGUGCUGGUUUCUCCAGAGACAUGUUCCGGGAACUGUGGAGCCAUUUUCAAGGACGCAGCCUUGAGAGAGCAAUGUAUUGUUGAGACCAUUUGAACUGCAUUCAGGCCUCCGUAUGAACUCUGAAGAUUCCAGCGGACAUUCGCAAGUUAAAGAACCCCUCAGGGCAUCUUUAAAUACAAGUGCUUGUAUCAGCUCUAUCCUGUCUGACUGUUCCAGUGACGAUACAGUGUCUGCAUAGGGAAAAACUAGACUGUGAAAUGGCACCAGAGAGCGCCUUCAGCGACAGGCAGAAGUGUGUGGAUAUGCUGGACCAAACCUGAAUCAUUUGUCCCUUCAACCUGUCAUCCUUCUUCAAGUCACCUGGCAGCUGAGACAUUCUGACAGGACGCCGCCAGGAUGCCACCCAAGAAAGUACAAAUUCAAGUGGAGGAAAAAGAAGAUGACACCGAGGAAAGCUCAAGCGAAGAGGAAGAGGAGGAGGAAGAUAAAUUACCUCGAAGAGAGAGCUUGAGACCAAAGAGGAAACGAAAAAGAGAUGUUAUCCAUGAGGAUGACCCAGAACCUGAACCAGAGGAUGAAGAAACAAGGAAGGCCAGAGAGAAGGAGAGAAGGAGGAGGCUGAAGAGGGGGGCGGAAGAAGAAGAAGAAAUUGAUGAGGAGGAAUUGGAAAGACUGAAGGCAGAGUUAGAUGAGAAAAGACAAAUGAUUGCUACUGUCAAAUGCAAGCCUUGGAAAAUGGAGAAGAAAAUUGAAGUUCUCAAGGAAGCAAAAAAAUUUGUGAGUGAAAAUGAAGGAGCCCUUGGGAAAGGAAAAGGAAAGCGGUGGUUUGCGUUUAAGAUGAUGAUGGCUAAGAAAUGGGCGAAAUUUCUUCGUGAUUUUGAAAACUUCAAAGCUGCUUGUGUCCCGUGGGAAAACAAAAUCAAAGCAAUUGAAAGUCAGUUUGGCUCAUCGGUGGCCUCAUACUUCCUCUUCUUGAGAUGGAUGUAUGGAGUAAAUAUGGUUCUCUUUAUCUUGACAUUCAGCCUCAUCAUGUUGCCAGAGUACCUCUGGGGUUUGCCAUAUGGCAGUUUACCUAGGAAAACAGUUCCCAGAGCUGAAGAGGCAUCUGCGGCAAACUUCGGUGUGUUGUACGACUUCAACGGCUUGGCGCAAUAUUCCAUCCUCUUUUAUGGCUAUUAUGACAAUAAACGAACAAUUGGAUGGAUGAAUUUCAGGCUGCCGCUCUCCUAUUUUCUGGUGGGGAUCAUGAGCAUUGGAUACAGCUUUCUGGUUGUCCUUAAAGCGAUGACCAAAAAUAUCGGGGACGAUGGGGGUGGUGAUGACAACACCUUCAACUUCAGCUGGAAGGUAUUCACCAGCUGGGACUACCUGAUUGGCAAUCCAGAAACAGCAGACAACAAAUUCAAUUCCAUCACCAUGAACUUUAAGGAAGCUAUCAUAGAGGAGAGAGCAGCCCAAGUAGAAGAAAACGUCCACUUGAUCAGAUUCCUGAGGUUUCUUGCUAACUUCUUCGUGUUUCUAACACUUGGAGGGAGUGGAUACCUCAUCUUUUGGGCUGUGAAGCGAUCCCAGGAAUUUGCACAGCAAGAUCCUGACACCCUUGGGUGGUGGGAAAAGAAUGAAAUGAACAUGGUCAUGUCCCUCCUGGGGAUGUUCUGUCCAACCCUGUUUGACUUAUUUGCUGAACUGGAAGACUACCAUCCUCUAAUUGCUCUGAAAUGGCUACUGGGACGCAUUUUUGCUCUACUCUUAGGCAACUUGUACGUAUUUAUUCUUGCCUUGAUGGAUGAGAUUAACAACAAGAUUGAAGAAGAGAAGCUGGUAAAGGCCAAUAUUACCCUCUGGGAAGCCAACAUGAUCAAGGCCUAUAAUGCAUCGCUCUCUGGAAAUAGCACUGGGCCACCUUUUUUCGUGCACCCUGCAGAUGUACCUCGAGGACCCUGCUGGGAAACAAUGGUGGGACAGGAAUUUGUGCGGCUGACCGUUUCUGAUGUUCUGACCACUUAUGUCACAAUCCUCGUUGGGGACUUUCUCAGGGCAUGUUUUGUGAGGUUUUGCAAUUACUGUUGGUGCUGGGAUUUGGAAUAUGGAUAUCCUUCAUACACUGAAUUUGACAUCAGCGGCAAUGUCCUCGCUCUGAUCUUCAACCAAGGCAUGAUCUGGAUGGGCUCCUUCUUCGCCCCCAGCCUCCCAGGCAUCAAUAUCCUUCGACUCCACACAUCCAUGUACUUCCAGUGCUGGGCCGUGAUGUGUUGCAACGUUCCCGAGGCCAGGGUCUUCAAAGCUUCCAGAUCGAAUAAUUUCUACCUGGGCAUGCUAUUGCUCAUUCUCUUCCUGUCCACCAUGCCUGUCCUGUACAUGAUCGUAUCCCUCCCGCCAUCUUUUGAUUGUGGCCCCUUCAGUGGCAAAAAUAGGAUGUUCGAAGUCAUUGGAGAAACACUGGAGCAUGAUUUCCCAAGCUGGAUGGCAAAGAUCUUGAGACAGCUCUCUAACCCCGGACUGGUUAUCGCUGUCGUUUUGGUUAUGGCCUGCAGCUGCUGGUGGCCAGUAGCAUUCCCAGGUACGCUGGGGGCCCAGAAGGACUCUUCACCUUGCUGUUCAAAACCAGCCACUUCUGAAAAGGGCAAGAACACAAGCAUUGUGAAGUUGCCGUUCCCCUCUUCUAACCCUGAUGUAUCGUCAAGGUCAUGCUGGUCAAUCAAGGCGUCACCAGUCUUAGUUCAGCAAGAAGGAUCUCCACCUUGUUCCAAACUCAGGGAUUUGUUCCCCCACCACCAACUUUUCCCCUGACUUAUUUCCCUGGCUUUUCUUCUAACUAAUGGAAUUUAAAAGUGGAUGUGAUUCAACCAUACAGGUUACUGGUUUACCUGUUGGGUUAAUUAAAAAAAACUUUGGGUAUAUGGACUUUCAUUUUAUACCCUUCUUCUGCCUUAGUUUUCUUUGCCUGGGAACAGAAAUACUUCACCUCUUUUUACCCUCAAAGUUAAGAAAUAUCUUUAUCAAGUGGUCACUGUAAUUAUUCAUUAACUUGCAUUUUGAAACCAACAUCUAGUUUUUCCAUUUUUUUCUCCAUCUCCCCAUCUAGGGCCCCCAUGACUAUACACCCAAGAUUUUUUAUUAGCUGCUGGAUUCAGUAGGAAAAGGAAUGGGCUUUUUAAAAGAAAAAUCCUAAGGGAAGUAGGGGCCUGAUUAGCAUUGGAUUGAAAGUCUCUCACCUUAGACAACCCACCUCUUUAUGAGUUAAAAACAAAAAAAGGCAUUCUACAUGAUUGCAACUCCAUCACAGCUUAAUCAUGACCUCCAAGGAUCACAUUUCCUGAGUUUGGAUUCUAAUAUUCCAUAAUUUGUCUUUGCUUUCUUGUUAAGGUUAGGAAAACACACACUUCGACAGGGGGCUUUAGCUUAUAGAUGUGUUUAAGCGUUAUCAUCUGAUUAAACUUUGAAUAGCACCAAUCAAUGCCCUCAGCCAGCCUUGUUGUGUGACUUCAGUUACAUAUGCGAACCCACAAUGUCCUUUUCGCAAGCUGAGCCAAUUUGCCUGCCAUUCUCUGCAAGUGACUUGCUGGUUUUUAUUACCCUGUCCCGGAGUUCUUCCUUCUUUUCACUCUUCUUCUGGCCACAAAAGGAUGCCCUGUUCCUCUGCCAAUCCGUGUGCCCAUCACUGCCAUGACACAAAUUCAAGAUUUCCUUCCUCUGGUCCACUUUUCCCGAUUAGCUUCCAUUCCCAAACUUGAGAGGUUUCUUUGGACCCUACUGGCUUUAUUUCAGAGUCUAUUAUUUAUAUAGGUUUUCCUGUGCUUUUUUAACAGUACUUCACUGUCUCCUGUAUGCAUGCAUCGUCUUUCCUAUCCAGAUUGUAAGCUCCCUAUGAGCAGGGAUCAUAUCUUUUAACUCUUUUGUAUGCCUAGGAUAGUGCUGUGCACAGGUAGGCACUGAGCAUAUGCUUAUUAAUUAAAUUGAAUCAAUUUAACUUGCAGCAGUCACACUGUGAAACAAAAACUUGUGUUAUCUGCAUGAAAAGUGUUAUUGUGAUGGAAGAAAUGGAAUUAUCUGUUGCGAUGCAGGGUUUCUUGCCUCAUUCGAUUAUAAUGCAGAUGAGUAAAUAAAGUUAGUGCUUAUUUCUA